GAGCUGCGUCUGUGCCGUCCGCAGGUGGAGGAGACUGGACGGAACCCCUGUUAUCAGUCAUCAUCACUCCUCGUCUCCUGCUCCUUCUUGACCGGAGUCCGCUGGAGCCGCUCGACUCGGGUCCGAAUCCGAGUGACGUCAUCCGAUUCUGGGAACCGCCCCCGCGGAGUGAAGAGUGAAGGCGCGCUCCCUGUCGUGGGGCGACGGAGUUCACGGAAGGAGGGAGGAGACGGUUUGCCGGAGGCAGAAACACGGGAAUUUUUUCUCGGGAUUUCCACGCUCCCCCACGCCUCUCCGCCACGCCCCUCCUCCCAUCCCACCCACCCAGCCAGCCAGCCCGUCCCGAUCUGCGAACGGCGAACUUUGCUUCUAUGAGCAAACUCUAGUCUGCAAUAAACGGGCUCCUUCGGUCGGAACUCCGACCUCCGGCCGCGCCGUCCGUCCUGCUCUCGCUCACGCGCCUCGCUGUGUGACAUGCUGUCAGUGUCACGCUGAGCGCGCGCCCGCCAUGGAGGAGUGCAGGAACGAGGUGGACCUGCUGUCCAGCAGCAGCAGCAGCAACAACAACAUCGCCCCGCUGUGGAAGAGGCGCGCCGGGGACCACGUGGGCCCUAGGGGGGCGAGCUCCUCGUGCAGCAAGCCCAGACCCGUGAGCUACCAGGUGGACGGGGUGCUCGUGACGGACUUCCCGGUGGAAGAGGGCAGCUGCGGCGGCGACACCGCCAACACCGCCGUGCUCAGGCACGUGCUCAGCGCACCCGUCCCCAAGAGCCGGGUGGUCAGAAGCAUCAGCAUCGGACACUCGUCGCGGGCUCGACGCCCGCUGUCCAAAAGCGCGUCGGGAGGCGAGCCGCCGACCGCCGGUGACCGGGUGCCGAGCGCCAAUGGUGGCCCUCAGGCCGAGGAGUCGCGCGGAGACCCCCGGCAGCGCCUGUCCGUCCCCGUGGCCCUCGUGUCGCAGACGGACCGGAUCGUUUUUGGCUCGAGUCCCGAGUCCUCGGACCGCGGCCGGAGAAAGCCCGACGACUCCAUGUCAGUCGUGAACAACAACUACCUGGAGUGCUGGAACCCGCCGAUCGAGGACCAGGAUGCCCCGUCCACUCCACGCUCUUCCAGCAUCUCCUCUGGCUCCUCCAUGUCCUGUACCCCAUCGGACCCCCCGACCCCCACCAGCCCCUUCGCGGGGCUGCUCCUGAGGCAAGGCGCGGAGGGCAGAGUGCCCCCCGGCAUCGUGCUGAGCACCAACAGCCCGGCGGCGCUCAAGAUGGGCACCCAGCAGCUCAUCCCCAGGGGGCUCGCGUCCAACACGCGGCUCGGCAAGGCAGGUAACCACGGCAACCAAGAGCCCGCCAAGAGGGCCCAGCGUGUCCGCAGCAUGGUGGAGACGGGCUCCUUCUCCAUGGGAGGGGAUGACGGCGAGGAUGCUCCAGACAGCCCCGGGGCCCUUCGAAGGGGGCUUCGAUCCACAUCGUACCGGCGCGCGAUGGACAGCAGGGGUGACCUGGAGCUCCCCGGUCACACCAGAUCCCAUCGGUUGUCACAACCGGUGCUCCGAGACCUGCAGGAGGAGAGAGAGCUGCUGGCCAAUCCAGGGAAGAGCCGGGUUGUGGAGAAGAGGAAGCCGCUGCCCACCCAAAGGACGUUCGAUGGUGAAGAGGACGAGGUUCUGUACCAGAACUACCAGGAGAAAGCCCUGCACAAUGACUCGGACGAGGACGCCGAGCCCAAGGAGCCAGAGUCAGACAACGGCAUCGUGGUUCAGUACCGAUCCCCCCGCAUCUCGUGGAGUCAGCUGAGCGUGGUGAGGCACAGCAGGGUGUGCGAGAGCUUGACUCCCGAGGAGAGGAAGAGGCAGGAGGCCAUCUUCGAACUCAUCUCCUCGGAGCACUCGUACCUGCACAGCUUGGAGAUACUCAUCCGCAUGUUCAAGGACUCGCCGGAGCUCGACGACACCAUGAACAAGACGGACAAGCACCACCUCUUCUCCAACAUUGUGGACGUCUGCGAAGCCAGCAAAAAGUUCUUCAAAGAGCUUGAGGAAAGGCACAACAAGAAUGUUGUCAUCGAGGACAUUAGUGACAUUGUGGAGAAGCACGCGCUGUGGACCUUUGAACCCUAUGUGACCUAUUGCUCCAACGAGAUGUACCAGCAGCGAACACUGCAGAGACUCAUCACCAAGAACCCUGCCUUCAAGGAGGUUCUCGCCCGUAUUGAGUCCCACCCAGACUGCGGGAACCUUCCCAUGAUCUCCUUCCUCAUCCUGCCUAUGCAGAGGGUCACACGGCUGCCGCUCCUGAUGGACACCAUCUGUCAGAAGACAUCCAAGAACUCGUCCCAGUUCAAGGAGUGUAAGCGAGCUCUGCAGGCCGUCAGCAAGCUGGUACGUCAGUGCAAUGAAGGAGCACGGCGGAUGGAGAGGACUGAGAUGAUGUACACCAUCAACUCCCAGCUGGACUUCAAGAUCAAGGCCUUCCCACUGGUGUCCUCGUCACGCUGGUUAGUGAAGAGAGGGGAGCUUACUGCGUUUGUGGAAGAGAACAACCUCUUCAUGAAACGGACCUUGCGCCAACAGGUCUACCUCUUCCUCUUCAAUGACGUCCUCAUUGUCACCCGCAAGAAGAGUGAGGAGAACUACACUGUGUUGGACUACGCCCUGCGAGACAAGAUCCAGGUGGAGCUGUACCAGGCCGAGGAGAUGAGCCUGUCCCCGGUGCGGGCUCCCGCUUCUAUGCUCAGCUCCCGCCAGCCCUCCACCAGUCACAUGUUCCAGAUCAGGUUCCCAAACAUACGCUCUCAAGAGGUGUCCAUGGUCCUGGGGGCAGAGCAACUAAAUGAGAGAGCCCGGUGGAUCAGCGCACUUACACAGAGCAAAAGCGACAAGAACGCCGACAAAAACGCGCCGAAGCAGCAGGUGGAGGUGGUCCGCGCCCACAUGGCCAGGCAGCCGGACGAGCUGUCGCUGCAGGUGGCCGACGUGGUGCUCGUGUCGCAGGCGGUCGAGGACGGCUGGUAUGAAGGCCAGCGGCUGCGCGAUGGUGAGACGGGUUGGUUCCCAGCCAGCUGCGCCCAGGAGAUCACCUGCAAGGCCACGAUGCUGCGCAACCGAGAGCGCAUGGACCGCCUGCAGAGGCUGGAGACCAACGUGUAAGUGGUGGCACCUUGUACCAGUAGGAAGGAGCGAGUACUGCCACCUACGCAGCCCGUUGGCUCGGACUCCAGUUCCUCCCCUUAGUGUCAGGAACCUGCCUCCUGAGAGCUUCCUCCUUGAGGAAUAUGUGUGACGUCAUGGUGGAGAACUUCCGGGCCAAAAGAAAAACAGCUUAGCCAAGAGGUGCCCCGAAUGCCCCAAAGUGUGAUUUUUGUCACCUUUAGUUUUUAUGAGCGACUAUGAACUUGAGGUUUUCGACUUUUAACCUUUUUCUUUGUAUUUAAACUGUAAUGAUGAAGCCAUACGUAAUCAAAAUGCUGUCAGCCAAAACUAGGAGUAGAACAGCAGCAGAUUUACCAUUGUAGAGGGUGUGGCAGAAGCGCAGGAGAACUGGACCGUGUCGUUCCAAUGUUUGGGAGACUCUGAAAGGGAACAGCUGCAGUCCGACCAUGGGUACGAGGACAUGCUUUGUACCAAGGGUUUUGUUUGCACUCAGGGAAAAGUAAAUAUGUAUUUUUUUAUACUUGUAUAAUCUGUUCAUACAUUCUAUGAUGAAUGCAGUUAAAUGCUUACUCCAAAACAAUGUUGUUAGUGAAUAAACACUGUAAAA